CCAUGUUCUGAUUCAGUGCCUUAUGAAGAGGCCUUGGCCAACCGCACUGUUCUUCUGAGUUCCACCGAGAGCAGAGAAGGACUCACACAGCAGGUCCAGCAGAGUUUGGAGAAGAUUGCAAAACUGGAACAAGAAAAAGAACACUGGAUGCUGGAGGCCCAGCUCGCCAAAAUUAGACUGGAGAAGGAGAAUAAAAGGGUAUUCGAUAAACUCAAGAAUAACGUUGGCAACCAGCGGAUUGAGGUAACCCAGGAAAUUUCUCUCAUGCUGGAUGCCUCUGAACAAGAGAAGGAGGACGCUGCAGAGAAGCUUUUGAGGGAGCCAGUGAAAAGCACAAGUCUGGUUGGAAUGCUGACAGUGACCACUGAAAAUGAAGAGGCUCCAGAAGCCAGUACCCGUGAAGAUUUGAUAAAGAACCAUUAUAUGGCGAGAAUAGUGGAGCUUACCUCUCAGUUGCAAUUAGCUGACAGCAAAGCGGUACAUUUCCAUGCAGAGUGCCGAGCACUUGCAAAGCGACUUGCUUUAGGAGAGAAAACGAAAGAGGCCUCCCUGGAAGAGAUGAGACUAGCGAAGCAGAACAUCACCAGAUUACAGGAUGAGUUGACAACCACCAAAAGAAGUUACGAAGACCAGUUGAGCAUGAUGAGCGACCAUCUCUGUAGCAUGACCGAAACUUUAUCCAAGCAACGGGAAGAAAUAGAUACAUUGAAGUUGGCUAGUAAGGGGAAUUCCAAGAAGAACAAAAAUCGAUAGUAUCGGUGGGCCAGCUGUCCUCUGGAUUCUGCUGCUGCACAGAAACACAGAUGCUGGAACUGGUAUUCAGCUGGCAAAGUGUCUUUUGGCUGGACGCGGCCAUAAAGGUGGACAUGCCCAUUUGUGGGGGAGUUUUUUAGUGUCGUGCGUGGAUGUGAGACCACAUUGAAUGGGGUAAUGCAGACCAAACUUUGUGAGGCCAGUAAAGCUGAUGGCAGAAUGAUACACUCUGUGGAUAACUUACAUAGGAAGUAAUAGUAACUUUUUAUGUACAAUUUGUAAUUACUUCUAAUUUCCAUGUACAAACUUCCAAGAUUUUGUAUAUUUGAGUGUAUACUUAGACAAGCAGAACUGGUAUUGAUGCAGUAGUUGUCUGUUCUGGCCUGUGUUGUUGUUCCUGCCCGUCCAUUCGUUUUUGUGGAUAAAAUGAAAUAUAAAUGCCACAAACCUCAGAACUAUGAAUAUUUUUCAGCUGUGUUUACCUGUGCAGUUAUUGUGAAAAGUACUACCAAUUCCAGUCUUCUCUUCUACAUUAACUUAGAAGAUUGCCUGUCCCGGUACAUUAAUGCAGCUGUGACUAAUGCAAGUUUUUAUUAAUUGUUAACAAACCAUUAAAAAGUGUGCAGAAGUGAGCCUUUUUAAAUCAAGUGUAGGCCAAAGAAGGAGUUCACUUAAAACUGUGCUGAGCAGUGACAUUUUCUCCAUUUUUGUUUGUACUGAUUGAUUUUCAUGCAAAUGGCUGGCAGAAGUUGGAGAAUGAUGUGAACAGGAAUAUUGACAAAAAAGGGUCUUUCACUUUGGCAGGAUUGGGAUGAUACUGGCAAUGGAUCGUCAAUAUCAGCUGGAAGCUCAUAUACAAAUUCAGCCUAAGAAAUCACGGAAUAAGCAAGGCUAUAAACAAAUUACGCCUCAAGACAGGUUGUGCUGCUCAGCUUCAUGAGCCUGCCUGUUCCCUAGCACCCAUUCACACUCUCAGUUACAUUCGCAUAUGACAGUGUGUUUGAUUUUUUGCAACUAUGUUCUUCCCCAUCUUUGGUUGUGUGCAUAUGCAUAUUCCCUAGGUUUCACUUUACUUAUUCCAUGUGGAACCGUAGGACACAUAGUUCCUGAAAACCAGCAGUUUGUCUGGCGACUAGAUUCUGACAUUUCUAGCAUAUCAGCUGGCCCUAGGCUGGUAGCCUUACAAAAUUUUGGAAUCGUUCAGUUGACACCUCAAGGUGCUAAAAUAUACUCCUGUUCACAUUUUCCCCCCUGCGGGCAGCUUGUUUGUCAAAGCCUGAGGUGAUCUCAACACAGUGUUCAGUGGGAGAGCUCCACUUAUCUAUUCAUGAGGUGUUUUACUACUGAAGAUUUUCCACACUGAACUACUUCUGUUGUCCUGCAAGAGACGGUAGCUGUCCUACCUUUAAAAGUUUACUCAAUUGUAUCGACCAUGUUAAUGUGUAUUAUGAGCAUAGAAAUAAAUAUACUGCCUAGAGGUUCU